AUGGGUUCGGUUGAAUUACAAGAACAAAUUAUAACCUUAAAUUCACAGUUUAAUGACAAUUAUGAAUUAAUAAAAAGUUUACAAGAUAAAUUGUUACAAUAUUUUCUCGAGAACAACUUAUCUUUAGCAGAACUGAAUGAUGUAAAAGAUUAUAUUAAAGAUGAAGUUACUAUUUUUCGAUUCUUAAAGUUAUGCAAGUUUGAUUUUCAAAAAGCUUAUACAAAGUUAUUAGAGACAAUCCAUUGGAGAAUUGCAAAUGAUGUUGCUCAUAUUAACUGGGAGAACGAGUGUCGUGAAUUUUUUGAUCCAGAGGCAGUUGCUUUCUUUCAUGGUACAGAUAAUACUGAAAGUCAUCCACUCCUCUUUGUUCGACUACGGUAUAUCCCUAGAAAAUUUAUAGACAAGAACAAGUCAUUCAAAGAAUAUAUAAAAUCAUAUGCCUGUCUUAUCAUGGAGAUGGCAAGAAAAUUAACUUGGGAUAUGACCUGUGAAAAGUCAAAGAGAGGGGAUCCAUAUCCACUUGUUUCUCGAAUGACAGUGAUAGUGAAUGUUUCGAAAGCACCUAUCAUUCCUGUGGAUGUCGAAUUGAUUAGAAUGAUGAGUAUGAUAUUAGAUGAUCGAUUUCCUGAAUGUAUCAGCUCUAUUCAUGUUUUAAACUUUGGUUGGAUGUAUCAGGGUCUUUGGUCUAUAUUAAAAUAUUUACUAAACGAAGAAGCUAAAAGCUUUAUACGAUUUACUUCUAUUCCUGAACUACAGCCUAUUAUUAGUGAAGAUAAAAUAUUAAAAGAAAUGGAAGGCUCGAAUAGUUAUAUUUGGACUGUAGAAAAUGACCCAAUUCUACAGAGAUACGGCACAGCACAUCAAGAUGUAAAAACAAUACUCAAGGUUGAGUUACCACAUACGCCUCCUUUGUCUUCUGUAGCAGACAGCUUGUCAAGGUCGAGCUCAAAUACGUAUAGUACAAGUAGUUCUAGUGAUGUGUUUUAUGAUGCUCUUGAACCUUCUUCCCCUAUCUCUUCUCGAGCUUUAUCUAUGGACACUACUAUACCCGUUUCUACACCGUCACCGCUAACACCAUCAACUCUAAUUAAACAAACAACAUUCCCAUUGCCUGGUGCAACAACACUUUACCCUACUACAAAAUCAUACUUUGGUCAUCUUUCAUCUUGGAUAGGUUUACGUAAAGGGAUUGAUUAUUUAACUUCAUUUAUUACUACUCAAAGAGAAAUACAACAACAAUCAUUAUUUAUAAAGGAUCCAAAUCUUAACAAUAAAGGUAGAAAGGAUUCUUCAAUUAUCAUAGUUGAACCGCCUUUAGUCAAUACGACUACAACAGUACCGAAGGAAUCAUUGUCUUCAAAUGUAUAUACAUUACUAGAUCAAAUAAGUUCAGUAUUAAAACAAUUAACACACCAUUUAAUUCAGCUUUCUUUUGGCCCAAAAAGGGGCAUUGUAUAUUGGAUUCUAAUGUAUUUAUUCCUAAGAGGGCCUGUAGAGACAAUAGUGAAGAAAUCUUUAACACAUACUCCAUGGUUAGUAAGACCUAAACAUAUAUCUACAGCAUCAUUAGGAAUUACUGCUACUAUUGCUGCUAUUACAAGCUCGAGUUUAUCAAAUGUUCUUCAAAGAUAUUGA